GAUGUAAUGAUGUAGUAAUCAUGCUAUCAAGAAUUUACAAUUUCCAUUGAGUUAUGAAAACAUUUCUGACCCUCUUCAAGACUUUCAUAAGGAAAAAUCAAAGUAACUUUAAAAAUUCUGUUCUAAAUCUUUGACUGACGUAUAUCUACUGCCAAAUAUGACUCAUUGAAUCAUAUGUUGAAACUUUUACUGAUUUAAUAAAUUUAGUCUAAAGACAAGAAAGAGGAUUAUUUUAAAACGUAAAUUGCGUAUUUAAUUGUAGAAAUGUUUCAAGAGAAUUUAGGUUACUGUGGUAAUGCAGGAAAGAAGGAAAUUUGUUUAAACUUGGACCUUGAUAACCAACUUGCCAUCCACGAACAAGAUGCACCCAAAUAUUCAAAUGCUGAGGAAAAGCGUCUCGAAGAGAUUUUGUAUAAAUUGGAGAAAACGAAAAUAGAGUCAUACAACUGCGCUCAAGAAGCAUUUUCAAAACAGUUACAAACACUGAGCACUGCAAAGGAAGGUGAAUUAAAAAAAGUCACAGAUUGUUUAAUACAAUUCUUAAACGAUGUCAAAGCGAGACUUGAAAACAUGAACUAUGAUGAUGAAAUGAAGGCGCUGAAAGGAGAAUGGGAAGAAGCGAUUAACAACUGGCGUUGUGAAGUAGAUGUGAUAAUGAAAAAACAAUCGAAAGGUUGUAAAAUUAUGUUGACAAACUUUAAAAAUAACUUGAUGAAUUGCCACCACUUCCCUAAACCUUUAAUCGACAGAAAAAUAAGCAUUUUUAUCAAGGAUAUCAAUAAUAUUAUUAUGUCCAAUGAAAGAAUGUACACUGAAACUGAAAUUCAUUUAAAAAUGCUAUUUGAGAACAUGAUUCAAGGAUGGCUGGUGAAAUACAGCUUAAAGGAAAUCAUAAGGGAAAAUAAAAUAAAGGAAUGCUUGGAAUUAGAAGAAGCGAUUCUCGAAGUUCCACCUGAUGUCAAGAACGUUGACACAAUCACCGCUGACGAAACUAUUGUCACAUUGGUCGACUGUUUGAUUGAAUUCUGCAAACAGGAAAUGCCGACAUUUCAAAUGAUCUCCAAACUUGCUAUGUACCUGUCACAUUUAGAUGCUUGUAAAGAGCAAAUUUGCAUAUUAAACAACGAGACAGUCUUCACUUUAAAAAAACACUUAGAAACUGCCAUGGAAAUGUUGAGUGAUCAGAGUAACGAGGAAAGUCAGACACUUUGGUGUGACAUAGUAGCCCUCGUGGGUGAGAAGGUAGUUGAAAGUAGAAAAUUUGUAAGAGAUUCGAUUGACAUUUGGAAUAAAUUUAUAAAUAGAUUAAAGUGUAUUGAACACAGUUUUUCAAGAAAUAUUGAAAUACACCGUUUGAAUGUUUACAAACAAAUGCAGGAUUCAGGCGAGGUUUUAAAUAUAGCAAUCGAUAAAUUAAGGCAGGCAAAGAGCCGGGAUCAUUUAAAAACCAAUUUUGACAAUGUAAACAAACUGUUGGACUUUUAUGACAAUAACUGUUUUGAAGAAAAAUAUACCUCCGAUUCAUAUGGGGUAGAGUUCGUUAAUGCUUGUUUUUUAUUGUUUGACAUGUACUCUGCUGAAAUGGCUGUGUUGAGGGGUGACACAUUUCCUAAAGGAAAGCCAAAGCUUCCAGAGUUUAACGGUAGCAGUUAUUCUGAAAACGAGGUCGAAGAAGGAAACAUUUUAUCUGAAAGCCUUAACGAUAUCCAACUAUGCUUAGAUUCAAUUCAAAAUUGGCUGGAUGGUUAUAAAGAAAUUACUAAUCUAAUGGAAAAGGAAAUUGCCUUCUUUACUGGAACGUUUGUGGAAAACUGGCUCGAUCUUAAGCGUGGCGAAGCUGAGUUUUGGUACAAUUUAGAAAAAGAAAAACUAAACCAAAGAAGACUUAGGAUUAAGAAUAACGUCUAUGAUGUGCGAGCUUCAGAACUGCGAAUGCAUGAUUCAAUAAUUUCUAGACAUAAGAAGGGUCUUAAGCAAAUGUUUACUUCGUUAAAAUUACUUCCGCAUACUUUGUACGAAAAAAUAAAGAUAAUCAAUGCUAAUACAUUAGAAAGUAGUAACGAGCUAUAUAACGCCCUUGAACUAAACCCUUCGCAAGCAAAUUAUUAUAUAGGAAUGGUCGAAGCUUUGGAAGCAGCAGGAAAAGCUAAGAAAAAUCUAUUAAGAGAAAAAAUAGAAAUGGAAGUCGAGCGUGUUACUUAUUGGACGAAGCACAGUACUUGUUCAUUACUAAAAGCAAUAAGGCUGUUUGGUGAAGGGGGCAAUUUUAGUGCUGAAGAGGCAGAAAUGAGUGUAAGAACAUUGAUAAAAGAUUUACGUUCAAUGAACUCACUUAAUAACGAGGUUUGUAAAAAGCUUAGUUCCAUUCAGUGCGAAUCACCCAAAACGAAAAGGGCUCUUACCUCAAUGCACCAUUUAGUGUUGAAAGCCGAUGAACACAACCUAACAAAAGCAUGCAACAGUAUUUUGGACAAUCUGAAAAGAGCGUUGAGGAUUGAAAUUUUUAACGCAAAAACUUUUAUCAAUAAAAUCCAAUCUUUUUCAAUACAGGCGAGGAACAAUACAUGUCGAGAAUUUUGGAAAAAUACCAUGAACGACAUUAACUUUUUCUGCAAAUACUUUGAAAUGCCAAUUACAUCCAAAAAACUUGAACAUGAAAGCAAAAGUGUUUAUAGAGGAAUAUAUAAAGUAGAGGCGACGUCGAGAAAAAAAUCAAAAGAAAUGUCGAACUCGUAUAAGCCAGGCAUUCGGAAAGGGAGAAAGGGUAGUGGAAUGUCAUUUGAUUUCAAGGAUGGAAAAAAAGGCGGAUCAUUUCUCUCAGUGAAAAAUUCUUCGAUACUCAUAAAAAGAAUAGGCAACCAGGGCAAGAAAAGUAGGAAAGAGAGCGGCAGAUUUUUAACCUCGAGAGAAAACUCAGUAGAACAUAUAGAAAAAAUAGACCACCAUGAAGAUUCGGACAGCGAAGAAUUCCACUUUGGAAAUUUCCAAAUGGAUUUUGGCUCGAGGGGAAACGAUCCACAAGACGAUGUCCUACAGGCUUAUCCACAUCCUCCACUCUUUUACUACACAACUUACAUUAAAUCAGUAGAAACAGAUAACUUUCUGUGCAAUACAAAAACACUUAUGAUGGACGCUUUUAAUGACUGCAAAAACAAGUUAAUGAAUCUUGUUACAAAAAUGAAAGGAGAAAAAAAAUACGUCUUACUCUGUGGGGAUCUCUUACACAAGUACAUGAUAAAAAUAAGAAAGUUCAAUUUACAAAUUGAACAUGUAUGGUUUGAAAUGAUAUAUGGUUUUAUGUGCGCUUUAGCCAGUUUACAAGAUGGUAUUAACUCUCUAACAACAAAGGUUUUCGAAAGUUUCCUUUGUGAAUUAGAAGCGAAAAAGGACGAAAUUAUAGGUAGUUUCGAACGAAGAGUGGAAGAGGAGGAUCUUGCAGGAAACAAAAUAAAAGAGCUACUCAAUCAAGAAUUGAAACCAUCAUUUGGCUAUCCGUUGAAUAUAGAAUUGCUCGAGGGUCUAAUUGUAAAAGUUUUACAAUUUAGUUCUCAAGAAAGUGCCAGAUGGAAAAGUGCUAUAAAAGAAUUUGAGGGUGUUGUAGCGGAAGCUAAUAUAAAACUGAACGAAAUACUGGAAGAGACCUAUUUGAAGAUUGAAGAUUUGAACACAUAUCUGAUAGAAAAUGAAUAUGUUUCGGAGUUCGUAAGACAUAUUUACUCUUAUAUGCUUCAUUUGGGGCAGAAGCAAAUGAAAAAAGAUGUCAGUGAGUAUAUAUUGGCAAAAACAGAUGCAAAAGGUCGUGUAAUAGACAAACUGGAAGACAGUGAAGGGAGUUUUGAUGUAAUUCUAGGAACGAAAAAUGUUGAUAAAUAUAUUCAAAUAAUACUGCAAUUUAUAAUGCAUAUUACCGAAGGACAAGAAGGAAUUCUUUUAAAUGAUACUGUACUAAUCAAAUUUCCAAGUUCCUAUGAAGAAUUAAAGUUGAAAAUUGAUGAAUACAAAACCAAAAUGGAACGUAUUGACACGGAUGAAAUGGAGAGGUUUAAAGCGAAAUGUGCACAGAAAGAGAGCAUGCUUAAAGAAUGGAAACUGAAAUGGUGUCAUGAUGUAAAAUGCAUAAGAAAUCUUUACGUCGUUAAUGAUGUCUUUGCUCCAUUAUAUCCUUAGAAAUUCAAGAUCCCAGUAAUAGCUUUUCCAGAAACAAAAAAGAAAAAAAACUAAUCAAUCAACCAACCAACAA